AUGCAAGUACUUACAGCAAGUACAUACAACUACAGGGACCUGGUGCACGCCCACGACCACCCAUGUGCUCCUGGUGAGCACCGACAAACGAUGCCUACGCAAAGCCAGCACUGCAGUACUUGCGUGCCUCUAUGCGGGCCGUUCUUGUACAUGUACGUGCCGCCAAGCAUGCGCGCAGGGCAGGCGCUCCAAGACGAUGGCGCUCCGUACCGGCAAGCCGUGGAAGCCGCGCCUCGCCGGCAGAGGCAGACACCAAGAUGCCAGGGCAGGGCAGAUACCGACCGGAAUGGCGGCACGUCCACGCAAAAGGACGCCCGCAGCGUGGGUCUUUCUUCCAUGCAUACGCGUGCAGGCCGGCCCCGUUCCUCGCGGUUCCCCCCUUCACCGCCGAAUACGACGCUCCUGACGAUGGCGCGACCGCCAGAGCGUUCGGCCAAGCCGACCGCCCGUCCUCGCUUGCGAUCAGUGCCGCCGAGGUGGAUGCCGGCCAACUCGAACCCGUCGUCCCUCGUACUCGCAGCAGAGUACGAGGCGCGCGGCCGAGGGGGACGGGCGGGGGCGUCGCGUCUCGAACCGGCGCAUGAGCGACGGUCCCUUGCCCUGCCUCCCGAUGAUCGCCACGCCCCUCGUCGCGAAGGAGCCGGAAGCACCUGGGCCGCACGCCUCGAUGGCUGCGCUUUCCAGUCGUGGCAUGGAGGAGGGGAUGACGAGAGAGGGCAGAGGGGAAAAGGGGGGGGAUCGGUCCGUUCGAAACCUGUCCCGGCUGACCGUCCCGAGCGGGGCGGUCAGGGUGGUGAUGGGGAGUGCGAGGUCGCCUUGCGCCCCCUGUAG